AUUAUCAUUUCUUGUAACAUAUAGAGGCAGGUUGACUCUAUAUUGCAAGUUGUAUAGAAGACUGGGUGUAACAUUCAUACAAUCAAUACAUAAAGGAGUGGUUUGCAAGCUUUGUAUCCUUUAUGUGUAUGAAUUGGUUUGUUAUUUGUUUAUAAGAAAACAUGCAUGAUAUUACUAUGGCACCUAUAUACAAAUGAAACGGGUGACCCACAUUUUGGACAAAGCUUAUCUAAAAUGUACGAAGGUUAUACCAUGAAGUUUUGCUUUCUGUGGUACUUAAGUGCACACUGUGUGCUUAAUGGCUGCUUUCUUUGUUAUAACUUUUCUCAACUUGUUGAAUGUUGUUCUGUUUUAUAUUUUUUAUAUUCAAGUAAUAUUGAUCUUCCUUAUAAGGUUGUAUAACUACAGAUAACCUUAAUUGAGUCAUACCAGGAUGUUUGCAUUGUGUGACAAAGGAAAUGGACGAGUUCAAUCCACUGGAUGUCUUAGCUGCAGCUGCUGCCCUAAAGAGCCAUACGCUUUGUGAUGCCAAGGAUAGUAGUAACAGUCCUGACCCUAAAGACUCCACUACAUUGAAAGCAAAGUCAAGGCCAUCUAUUGUGAACAAUUCACAACAGGACAUGACUAUCAAGACUGCUGCAGUAGAUGUCACUAAAAACCUCAACAAAACCACAAACGGAGAGGUCAGUGCAUCAGACGAGGAAAGCAAAUGGGAUAACAAUACAUGGCAGAAAACAAAUGGAGAUGUGAAGUCUCCUGAACAUAAACACACUGUGGUUAAAACAAAGAAAAUGGUCAUCAGUGCUAGUGGAACCAGUGUAUCACAGAAUUUUCCAACCUUGAGGAAUGCCCUAGAUAUCAGUGUGUGUGAUAUCAACAGUAAUAAUAAACAGGUGGAGCAUGUGACUACUAAUCACCAGGAUACAGACAAGCAGUCUAAUUUGGAAGAUGACUCAUGUGUAUCUGCAACACAAGCUGGGAUAGGCCCCAAUACAUUGACACGUGGAGCAUUCCAUUGUCAGACUACUACUUCUGAAAGGACUAACAAAGGGGAAGUUGAUAGUGAUGGUAGUGUGACUGAAGUAGACCAAUCAGAGCAGAAAAGUGUGGUUAUAGCCAAAGGAUCGGACUCUGUGGACUCAUUAUCAGCUAAGGGGCCCAGCAGUGACAAGUCGGACUCUGAAAUGGGAUGUGAUACAACAGUGGCACCAGACAGCGACUCUGGUGUGGAACCUGGGUCACCAGAGGAAACAAAAAUUGAAAGUCAUGAGAUGACAGAAACGAGUGUGGAAAUGACUUCUCCUGUAACAGUGGCAGCUAAGCCCAGUACACUAACUCUGUAUGUGACUACCAGUUCUAAUGGACAGAAAAUGGUGAAAACUCCACUGCCUGGUGUACAACAUAAACAUCAGCUGGCCACCAUAGUAGCUAAGCCUGCUUCACAGCAGCAAAAGACAACUUUGGCCUUCACAAACGGUAACAAGGUGGUUUACCUCCCAGUGAAGUCGGCCUUGGCUCAGGGAAAUGUAGGAGUCAAAGGGCAGAAAGUAGUGGCUGUCACACAGGCGGGUGCAAAAGUCCAACAAAGGCCGAUUGUUAGUCCAAUCCAAAUGUCUAGUAAGACUUCUAUUUCAACUGCAGCUCUAAAUAUAGGAAAAGUAACAGCUCAGGCAGGUACUAAAGUAAUUACAGUGUUUCCUGAUAAAUUAUGCCAAGGGCAGUCGUUACUUGGUAAUAGAGUGACAGAUGCUGGUGGUGAUAAUGGACUGACGACCACUUGUGGCCAGAAGGUGGUGUUACCUUCAACAUCCAACCCCUCAGCUACAGAAUCUCAGCCAGAUGGGGAGAAAGCAGUAAGUUCUGCCUUGGGCCAGAUCAAUAGCAUGCAUACUAAGCUGAACAAUAUGAAAAGCUCAUCUUGCCCAUCUACUGCAGUAACACUGGAUAAUGCACACGAAGAUGGUUUAAAGUCAUUGGAUUCAUCCAUCAGUAAAAAAAGUAAUCUGCUAAAAGAUGAUGCUUCUUUUAAUUUGCCCAGUAUUGUGCCAGAUGAAAGUCAGCUAAUUAAUGUGAGAACUAACCAGUGUGGUAGUGGUGGCGAGGAUGUUGAACAUCCUGUCUCUUGUGACAGAACUGAUAAAGAAAAGGAGGAUAGUGAUAUAAAAUCAAGUAGAUCCUCACAUUUAAUUACCAGUGACAAAUUGCCCUCAGCUGCAUGUGGUGAUGAAGUCGGCUCCUCUCAUAGUGCAGCCAGUAUAACGCAUGAUAAUAAAACUCACAAAGGAGAAGCUGUACAAACAAGCACUUCUGCCAGGACAGACUUGGGAAAUGAAAGUAAACCCGAAGUUGGGGUUGAAAAAUCAGACCUUGGUGAAAGUAGCAUUUCUAAGUCUUUAGCAGUGACAUCUGUAGGUUAUGCCAGUGGGGUUAUUGCCAGACCAGUGACACCUGUGAACUCGUCCAUUACUAGGAUACAGGCACGGGGCUCUUCCCCCAUUCUCACUUCCCAGGCUCAGGCCACCCCUCCUGUAGCCUCAGCUCACCAGCCUAUGAGGGGGAUCAUUCUCAGUGGAGGGUUGGGUGCACUGAGCAAUGCCCAGGCUCAGUUCAGUGCAGCUUUGCACAAGGCCUCCAAAACUACUCCAUCUACAGCACAUAUCCUCCCAGCUGGUGGUGUGCUGGGCCCAACCACCACUACUACUACACCUCAGGGAAUCCUAACCAAAGCUGGUAUAGCAGGAACAGCUGCCUCAAUGCAGGCAUAUUCCCAACACAUGUCCAGUAACACUAGUCAAGCUCUACCAUUGUCCACAGCUACAGGAGCUGGGGUGGUCUCCCCCAGCAAAAUACAGAGAUAUGCUUCCUUCAUGAGCUACCCUGUCCCAAGGAAAGCAAAAAGUGAAGACAAAAGGAAUAUUAAAAUGCCUGUGGAAGCAUUGCUUCAUUCCCAUGCCCUGCUAGAUCAUGACUAUUGCUGGCAUGCUUACUAUGAAGUGGCUAUCAAUAGUGUCCUGCCAGAGAAACCCAAGAAAGAAAAGAAAGAACCCAGGGAGAGGAGGAAAGGAAGGAAGUCUAAAGCCUCUGAAGUAGAGAGUGAUGUCCACUCAGAGGUCUCCACGGAAGACUUGGCCAUAAGUUUAGAUGGGGAAGACAUUGCUGAAGUGGCUAGCCCAUUGGAGAAAGAGGAUCACAGUCCAGACCAUGCUGUCCUUCAAGAUAGUCCUGAAGAUGCCAGCUCAGGGGAGAGGAAAAAGAGGAAAUAUGUACGGAAGAAACCUCGCAAAUCUGACAGUAGUGAUACGGAAAAUAACAAAGAAAAAGCUGCAAAACAGGCCAAGGCAAAAGCAGAAGCUGACAAUAAGGUUAAAAUAUGUGGCAGCUUUCAGGACCACUUUAUAUAUUUUGCAACCAAGAAAAUAAAAAGCCGAACUCGCAACCUGGACAAGAAUAAAAAUCAGAAUGCUAAUGCUUAUGAAAUUGCCCCAGGUGAUGUUGACUUCUACAGGAAAAUGUGGGUACCAGCCACAACUAGUAGCACAGUGCAGGUGGCGCCCUCUACAGCUAUAGCUAGCCCACCAAAGUCCAUGACUGAUUCUCUCCUGCCUCCACAACAAAACAACUCUGGCGGACUGUCACCAGGGAGAAAGGAGGACGUGUUUGAGUUAGUGGAUGAGUUAUAUAUGAUGUCCGAGGGAGGCAUACCUAUAUCAGAUGUUGAUACGUCCUUGGACACCUCAUUUAUCACCACAGAGACUGUGACAACUGCAAGCUUUCCUCCUGUGCAGAAGUUGCCACACUCACAACCUAUUCCACAACAACAACAACAACAGCAGCAGGACAUUGAUGAAAUUCUGAAAAGCUUAACGGCUGAAGAAAUCAAAGAAAUCUUAAACAAUAUGAACAGUGAUGCUCUCAUGUCUACUGACCCGACAUUGAGUAGUAUCCUUGAUACAGUUGUAGAUACUUCUGCACUGCCAGUGGGGUCAAACGUGGUGAAACCUGCCUAUAUUGAUGCACCAUUGUCAGGAAUUGUCGUUGAAAAGCUUGAUUCUGUCCAAACCGAAGAUGAAGUAGACAAAGCAACUUCCUCCACAGCAGAGGUGCUAAUUGACCCUGUUGCUGGGGCCUCUGCAGGUCUACUUCAAGCCUCAGUGGAGACAUCCCUGGUGGACAGUUCUGUCACAGGGGUGUUAAGUCAAGGGAGCUCUGGUCAGCUGUUUGACCUAGCAGAGGUGCAAACAAGUGAGUACAUUAGUGUACCACAGAACACCGUGAACUUGUUGCUUAAUGAUCUCAACGCAUCCCCUGUAAAACCAUCAGCAGGUGAGGUACCUACUUCAACAAAUCUUGGUACACCACUGGGAGAGAAACUACUCAGUGCUCUAGCAGAGAGCAGCCCCAUCAGACGUCCUCAACCCCAGAGUGCUACUGUGGCUGCUCUGAACUUUGACCAGGCCCACAUGGGACUGGCUGGUGCUGCCGGGAGUGGCAUGCUGGACAAGACGGAACUGUUCCCAGAUAUGAGUGGGAAUGCAGCCCCAGAGACGAGCCUGGACAGUAGCGUGCCCGAGCUGACCACUGUGACCAUGUAUUGGAAUACCUUCCCUGCUCUCAUGAUCAACAAUGAGCCACAUGUCAGGUUGGUAGAUAUCCACAAGCAGGCUUUGCCAGCCAAGGAUACUGGUUUGUUAAAGAAGCGCUGUGUUACCAUGGGUCUUGCCAUUAAGAAUUGUUCAGAUAUGCAGAGGGAUUUCCUGAUACGAUAUGCCAGGGCUUCCCCUUCAAAGAGCACCGUUAUAGUUUCCAAGACAACAGCAGAAGAACUGAUUGGUUUCUAUGUCAACCCACAGCCCAAAAUACAUCGAUCAUCCAGGGAUGAGAAACUUGACAAUGAUACUAAAGUGGAUGAGGAGGUCUCUAUGCCCAGUAGUUCAGAACAGGGUGGACAGAGUGAUAAGGAAAUGAAAGAUGUUGUGCCAAGGAAGAGAAACUCCUCGCUGGGUGCUGGGCCUGCCAAGAAACAGAAAAUCCACUUCAAACUGCAGGGAGAUGAUGUGCUUAUUGCAGAAGUACCAAAAUCUAGUAUACCUGGUGAUAAGAAUAGUGAUCCUGGAGCAGAGGAAAAUGAUGCAGUUACUGACUCUAACCAGAAAGUACCCACUGACAUUACCAAGCCCAAAAAGCAGAGAAAAAGAGAGGAGCCUUGUCCCUCUAACAGGUUAGAACGUCCAAGACGUGGAAAACGUGUUAGAUAUGACCAGCUGGUACAAGGCAGUUGUGCAUCCGACUCCAGUGAUCAUGAAGAAACUGAAAAAUGUGGUUUUGAGCCUCCUGCUAUGGACCAAAGUGGUAUUGAUCCUAGUAGUUUGACAGGCACAAAUACACCUGUGGGAGAUCAAACAACAGAUUGUAAAGCAUCUUUGGAUUCUAAAGGAGACACCACUGGAUUUUGUUCAGAAUUUCAAAAGUUUAUUCUACCACCAACACCUCAAGACACAGCACUUAAGGUAAAACUCAGAGGAAAGAAGAGAUCUAAAAAAGGGUUUGGCAGGGGGAGAAUUGCAUUAAAAAGUUCAGGCUCUUCACUAAAUAACCAAGAUGAAAAUGAUAAAAAAAUGAAAACCCCAGCCAUGUUGCCGGAUGGUAUAGUGCCCAUCACCCCUCCAAGAGGACGCCCCAGAAAGGCUGAAUUAGAGAAAAUGAAGCUUGUAAAAGCAACAAGAGACCUCCAGAAAUUGAAACUAAAAGCCAUGAAAUUAAAAGCAGUUGAGGUGAAGGAAAGGCACCGAAUUGAAAAGGAAAAGAUGAAGAAUUUACACAAUGCUAAACGACAGUCUCCAAGAAACAAAAAGUUUAGCCACUCUCCUCAGCAUGACUCCCAAAAGCAAAAACUUGAUCACUGUUACUCCUUCUACCCUGAGGAUCGAAUGGAAAUUGAAACUCUGGAUGACACCUCUGUGGGUGAAAGCUGUGAGGUCCAGCGUGUCAUAGCUUGUGAUGGGGAGGUGAAGCCAUGUACAGUGGCCAUGGAGAAGCAGAAACCCUUAGAGGUUGUCCAUAGGGAUGCGGUUCAUAGAGAUGACCAGAGAGGGCGCUCUCAGGAUGGGGACCUUUACCUUCACCUGUAUAAAAUGAAGAACUCCCAGUGUGUUCAGUGCACCACAUGUUGCGAGUUUUUCACUGUGAGACUGUUCAAGCAACAUUUUCAUGAUCCCAAUGAUCCAGACAUGAUAGUCCAAGCCACAGUGACCCAGAAAUUGGAGAUGCGCAGUGUUAAUCCAACAACGGAGGAAGAACAAAAAUGGGAGAACUACACCAAACGUAAAAGGUACUUUGAAAACCAGACUGAGACUCCAGGGGGAAAACAUCAAGAAAAAGAGGACAGUUCCAUUGUCCGUGCUUUAAAGUUCAAGAUCCAGCAUCUUGAUCAACUGGCUGCUGAAGGUGAUCAGUCCAAAAAUAAAGUUUCAACACGCCACAGUACACGUGAACGCAAGAAAAAACAACUCUAUCCUAUGGAGAAGUACACCUAUUCCAAGCUGCUACCAAACUACUCUGCUGAACUGAAGAAGGAGCCGUAUGUCCCGGAACUUGAGAUUGGAGACACGCGCUAUGGUGAACUAGAGCAGAGGCUGCUGCCAUCUGAAAUGAAAGCUGAGGUGCCGUAGGGCAUGACUAGUUCAGAAGUUCUGGACAAAAACAUCAGUUGCAGGCAAAGGAUGGGGAAAAGAUGAAAUCAGAAGAUAGUAAAAAAGGAGUCUGGCACAGUUUUGAUUCAUACUGGACAUCAGUUAAUGUUUUGUACCUUAAAUCAGUUGUCAUGAUCCUAGUAUGGUAGAGCUGUAUGAAUUGUGACCUUUCAUACCAAUAUAAAGUAUUCAAGAGCAAGAUAACAGAUUUUAGAUAAUAUUUACUAAUGCCUAAAAAAAAAGAUUAUUGGAAGUUGUAUACAAUAGAUAUGAUCUAAGUAAAUAAUUAAUGCUUAUACAAUGAAUAUUACAUCUCUGACAAGUGAUUAAGUGACAGCUUUUUGGUGAUUUGUUUGCAAGAUUGGUAAAAGUAUCAUUUAAGAGUGGUUAAUUUUCUUGACAAAAACCGAUAAAACCUAAUGGUAAGAACUACACCACAUCUGGUGUUAUUUAUUGACAGUUAUUUGAUAGAAAAAUGUGAAAAUGACCAAAAAACAUGUUAUAAGGUUUUGUUUUGUGGUAAAAGAUGACAUAACAGAUGAAAGAGCAGAAAGAUUAAGUUCUUAAUUGUGAUUGUUAUUGAUGAUCAGUUGUCAUCAAGUUGAAUAUGUGGACAAUACUGUAGAUUUGUAUAACAUAGAUUGUAUAUUGUGUAUAGUUUGUAUAUUCCAGUUUACAUAGUGGCACAUUUGUGCACAGUAAAAAAGCUUGUAAAUACAACCUGUUUUGUAGCAAAA